AUGGAAAAGGAGACCACAGUCAAUCCGGCGGUCAGAGUUAUUUGCGCUCUCAAAGAUCGCAAACUUCCAAUCAAUCGGAAUGAGGUCGAGUCGGCUUUGAUCGACAACAGCAAGAAUGUUGAGAACAUUCAAUGGGUGGAGGAGCACCUCAGACCCGACACGCUGCUUUCGCAGGAGGAACUUACACUAUUCACAACAUUGGAGAACUCGGGCGCCUUGCAAAAUAUCAUUUCCGAUCCAGAUCUUGCCGCGACACGACCAGUCUUGGACGACGACCUUCGCAGUGCGAUCGAAUCCUUGAAAACAUCCACCUCCGCGAUCCAAGCACAGACGAAGAUACUGAACUCACAAUUCGAAAUUCUGAAUAGACAGUCGGGUCUACAAGAACAACGAAGGAUUCGACAGCAAAGGGACAUAGAACGGCUACAUCAAAAGCAUGAAAGCGGAAGGCAACAUAUCGCAGCUUCGUCUAGUGACCUUGCGCGUGAGCUAGAAGCGAGCUUGAAAGCCGAAUUGGAUAGAGUAACGAACGAUGGCAGAAAGAUCCUGUCUGUGUUGGCAGUCAGGGUAAAGGAUGAUGACAGGAUACUUGCAGAGCUGGAGCAAAGCGCUUCCGGAGUACAAUUUACUACUGAUGAUGCCUCUAUAACCAAGAGAGCAUCCGAGCUGGGUUCACUACUUGCGGAAUACGUGGCGGAAGAGAUACACUGCCGCCUCGACAGACUGUAUCUUGAAAAUGUCAAAGCGGCCGGGGCAGAUACGGCUGACAGAGCAUCAGAAACGGAAGAGGAGGCUUUGAUGACCCUGGGUGAGGAACUAGAGUCCUUGUACCCAGAGAUUGACAUAUUAGCCGAGAUGUCCACAAGGCAGCUAUUCAACGAGCCCAUAUUACGUGCACUCCAGAAUGUCCAUGGUCAGCUGCGAAUGGCCUCCCACAAAAGACUUGAAAAUAUCCUGGAUACCAUCGUUGCCAUGACGUCGUCUAUCGGAAGCCUUGGGGAGCUCCUGCAGAGUCGCGAAUCAUAUUGCGCGACUCUUGGGGCUCUUACAGCUUCCUACAGGACGGAAAUAGGUAAUCAGUUUUCCGAAAAGCCUUCUUCAAGGCGAGAGACGUUGAGUAUGAGGAGGCGUUCUACUCCAUUGCUAUCCAUCCCCGCCGCCGCAGAGAAGCGCAUGGAUUCUUCAGAUUUCCAGGCCCUCGCGGGCGUUCUGCGCCGCAUUGGUCUGUCGGUGGAGUCCGUGUUCCAAUUAGAGGAGCAAGAAGGGAAAGACGAUUGCGGCGAAAAUGCUCUCUUUGACAAGAAACAGCACAUUGUUGAGUGCCUACGCAACAUUAGCGUCGGUGCUAAGUUACCCUUGGUGGCUGGAUUGAUUCCAAGUGACCAAGCUUCUCAACUUCUUGCAUCUACUCUGAGCGAACAUUCUCAAUUUAAGACCUCGCUUUUGGAUGUGGAACAAGACAAGAAGCUUAGUGAUCUCGAGUCACAAUUGGGUCAACUUCAGAAAGGGAUCGAACGGCUCAACAUGGACGUACUCUACCAGCGUGACAGGAGCCAAGAAAAGUUCAUGGAAAAGUGGGCAUAG